CGCUCGCACCGCUGCCCCAGAGCCUUGGCGACGCCGCCCCGGAGCGCUCUUCUCGCACCGUGUCAGCAGCCUGACCACGCGUUCCAGCAUACUCUCGCCUUUUCCUUGACUCGGCGGACGCCGGAGGAUUGGGGCGGCAGUUGACCAUUUCUUUUUUUUAAUUAAGAUUAUUUUUUCAGCCUAUUUUGUUGGAUUUUUGUUCUGUUUUAAUUUGUCUUGUACAAUUUUUGUUUGACUGAGAUAAACCCGUUGAAGACGUUUGCGUGGUGUGCGGACAGAGGAGCGGAGACCCCCGAGGCAGCCGCGAGGCCCGGUGCACCGCCAAGGACAAAAGGAGCCCAGCGCUGCUCUCAGCACCCGUUCCUGCCGGUGCUUAACAUGAAGAAGGCCGAAAUGGGAAGGUUCAAUAUUUCCCCAGAUGAGGACAGCAGCAGCUACAGUUCCAAUAGCGACUUCAACUACUCCUACCCCACCAAGCAAGCUGCUCUGAAAAGUCAUUAUGCAGAUGUAGAUCCUGAAAACCAGAACUUUUUACUUGAAUCGAAUUUGGGGAAGAAGAAGUAUGAAACAGACUUUCAUCCAGGUACUACUUCCUUUGGAAUGUCAGUAUUUAAUCUGAGCAAUGCGAUUGUGGGCAGUGGAAUCCUUGGGCUUUCUUAUGCCAUGGCUAAUACUGGAAUUGCUCUUUUUAUAAUUCUCUUGUCAUUUGUGUCAAUAUUUUCCCUGUAUUCUGUUCAUCUCCUUUUGAAGACUGCCAAUGAAGGAGGGUCUUUAUUAUAUGAACAGUUGGGACAUAAGGCAUUUGGAUUGGUUGGAAAGCUUGCAGCCUCUGGAUCAAUUACAAUGCAGAACAUUGGAGCUAUGUCAAGCUACCUCUUCAUAGUGAAAUAUGAGUUACCUUUGGUGAUCCAGGCAUUAAUGAACAUUGAAGAUACAACUGGGUUGUGGUAUCUGAACGGUGACUAUUUGGUUCUGCUGGUAUCCUUGAUGCCCAUUCUUCCUUUAUCACUGCUGAGAAAUUUAGGAUAUUUGGGUUAUACCAGUGGCCUUUCCUUACUGUGUAUGAUGUUCUUUCUGAUUGUGGUAAUUUGCAAGAAAUUUCAAAUUCCUUGUCCUAUGGAAGUUGCUUUCCUGAUCAAUGAAACGAUGAAUGGCACCUUAACACAGCCAACAGCUUUUGCAUCUGAUUCGACAUUUAACAUGACUGGAGAUGAUUCUUGCAGACCGCGUUAUUUUAUCUUCAACUCACAGACUGUCUAUGCUGUGCCGAUCCUGACCUUUUCAUUUGUCUGUCACCCUGCUAUUCUUCCAAUCUAUGAAGAGCUGAAAGGCCGCAGCCGUAAAAGAAUGAUGAAUGUGUCCAAGAUUUCAUUUUUUGCCAUGUUUCUCAUGUAUCUGCUUGCAGCCCUCUUUGGAUACCUAACGUUUUACAAAAACGUUGAGUCAGAAUUGCUUCAUACCUACUCUACUGUCCUGGGAACUGAUAUUCUUCUUCUCAUUGUCCGUUUGGCUGUGUUAAUGGCUGUCGUCCUGACAGUACCAGUAGUUAUUUUCCCAAUCCGGAGUUCUGUAACUCACUUGUUGUGUUCAUCAAAAGAUUUCAGUUGGUGGCGUCAUAGUCUCAUUACAGUGUCGAUCUUGGCAUUUACCAAUUUGCUUGUUAUUUUCGUACCAACUAUUCGGGAUAUCUUUGGCUUCAUUGGUGCAUCUGCUGCUGCUAUGUUGAUUUUUAUUCUUCCAUCUGCCUUCUAUAUCAAGUUAGUGAAGAAAGAACCUAUGAAAUCUAUACAGAAAAUUGGGGCAAUGUUCUUCCUAUUCUGUGGCGUAGUGGUGAUGACUGGAAGCAUGGCCUUGAUUGUUUUGGAUUGGGUACACAAUGCCCCUGGAGGUGGUCAUUAAUUAACUGGCACCACUCAAACUGGGAUAAUCCAUCUGAUGCCAGUGUUGAGUCAACACUCAGCUACUAUGAAAUUUCACCUAAUGUUUUCAGUUUCACUUCCUUUUGAAGUGCAGAUUCCUCGCUGGUUCUUCUGAGUGCAGAAUAAGUGAACUUUUUUUAAAAUUUUUUUUAAAGGUUUUUUUUUUUUUCUAAAGAAACUUAUCUGUAUGUUAGAAAUGGAUUUUAACAACAAAACCACGAGUCUCGGGUUAAGGGAAGUGACAAUUUUAUUCCAUUCCAGAGAAUGGACGAACUCUUAACUUUUAUCAAGCCACAUGUUUGGCUGUGUCAUUGUUUAACUUGGAUAUUUUAUGAUUUUACUUGAAUGUGCCUAAUGGAACCAUUCGAUGUGAGAAAUAAUUCUUAAUUUACAGCAGAGUAUUGAAAUAACCAUUGAGAAAAAAACACUAUUAUUUUUUGUACCAAAAAUACUUAAAGACCUCAGAAGCACUAUUUUACUUUUAAGAAAUUGCUUUUUUUGAACUUUAUCCAGAAAUGGUUGUCAAUAAAUACCGAAAAAUAAUUUCAUUGAUAUUUAAAAGUGAAUAUUAGUAUUAUGAAAUGAUUUGCCUUUUUGUAGGCAUAGUAAGCCAAAUACUUUUUUACCCAAAAUAAUUUUUAGAGAAAAUGGUGUGAUAAAAAGUUGUACCAUGAAUUAGGAGCAUAGUUUUCCCAUUCUAACUUCACCAUUACUUACAAGAUAAUUGAUAAUUGCUGUACCAAAUCAGAUGAACCGAUUUCAUCACUGUUCUUCUCUGUCCCAAAUAAUUUGGUUCAUUCAGACUGAAAUGUUUAUGUCUUCAACCAGUUAGAAUGGAAGAUAAUGCAGAUACUUCUGUGGGAAAUAAAGUAACUAAUUUUGAGGUACCAAAUAGUGCAAUUGGGUAAAACAGGGUUUAUUCAGUUGCAUCUGUCUCCAGAGUUGUGUUGACAGCUCUGGGCUUUUGGGGCCAGCCCUUUUUUGACAUUGCUUCCAGCAGUGGAAAAUGGGCAUUUGAUGGCGAUAGGCCAAAACUAUUCUAUCCAGAGAGUACAGCCUCAAAAUGCUCAUCUACUGGAAGUGUGAAUUACUUGACAAUGUAUGGCUUCGUCGUGUUCAUGUUCUGUCUAUAGUAGAGAUCUAAUCCCCUGAUUACUCCAAUAUUUGGUAUAAUAUAGUUCUCUUCAUACAGGCCACUGGGUUUCUCAUGCAGUAAGCAUGUAAAACUCAUUUGCACUGGAUUGUCAUCUCAUUCUUGUACAACAUAGAAUUAUUUGUUUACAUCCAACAAAUGGUUAGCUAGGGAAAACAGUGCAAACUGAGUGUAAGUAGUCGUUUGGUCCAACUGCAUGUUCACCCUUCCAUUUUAAUCCCAGUUAGAAGUGAAAACAUUACUUUGAAACUUGGCUUUAAGAGCACAUUUAUUGUACGUUAUGGUGUAUGGUGAAUAUAUUAUUAAAUAAUGUGGUACUUUGCUCAUCAGGCAUAAUGUCUAAAAUCUAAUAUACAUAAUUCCAUUAAGUGGUUGAGGGAAGCAAAUAAUGGAAUCAUCAACUGGUUAUUGGCUCUAAGGUUUUCUCUUAAAGAAAACAUUUUUAGUUUUAGGCAAGGGCCAGAAAUGUGGCAGACAUGGUUUUUGUUACACAUUCUUGUAUUAUAUGUGACUAAAUGUACAGACCACAUGUCUGUAAUUAAGACCCUUACAGAACUGGAAGACGUCUUGUAGUACUACCUUAGGUGAAAACAACGAAUUAAUGGUCCUUUUUUGGGUUUGAUUGUUUCUACGAAGAUAAAAUAAUUGGGGACCAUGUAGAAAAUAGGCAGUGAGAAGAUGGAGUCUACAGCACUGCUUUCAUUUAAUUGGGCUUUGGGCACUCCAUGCAAAUCCAGAACCUCACCUCUCGUCCAGACCAAGAAUUGGCUUCUCCACUUGAAUUCCUGGGAAGGAGUUGCUGAUUUUGUAUCUGAGACCUGCCAGGAAAUACCAAGUAAAGAGUUGUUUCCUACAGUUCGUGACCUUCACUGGGAGAAAAUACCAUGGUAACCAAGAAGAAAUGGGAAAAAAAUCUCACAGCACAUCCAUGUGGGAAGGCUUCUCCAAUCUUCUUUGGCUAUUUGAGUUUUAAAAUCAACUGCUAGGAUAGGAAUCCAGUGCAUGAUUUUCUUGGAGCUAUCUUGUCUGCCUUGAGGUUCCUAAACAGUGAAUUCCCAUUAAUGAGCAGUCUUCAGUAUUACAACCACUGUCUCGUCACCUCAUUUUGCAUUACUGUCUUCCGUGGAUGUUUCAGUUAAAUUGUAAUGUUAUUUAUAGAACAACAUUAAUCCAUUAAAGCUAACCUAUUUUUCAAUAUUUAUGAUAAUCUAUGUACAUACAUUGUCCAUAUGUGUCUGUAAAUAGGUUGUAUAUAAUGUCAGGUUUGGGUCUUGGGUUCAAGUGUAUAUAAUCUUGUAAGUUUCUUAACUGCAUUUUGAUGAGUUCACAUUAUAUAUCUAUGAAAAGUGUUCCAAAACAUCCUGUACAGAGAAUUAAAUAUAAAAUAUUGACAAAUUGUGUACAAACACUGAGAGAACUAAAAUACUUACUUAAAUUGUAUUUGCAAUAAACGGGUUGGACAUACUUUUUUUUUUUUUUCACAAAAACUUGGUGCAAAUUUAGAUCUCAUAAAUUUUAAAUAAGGUCUAAAUUUUCAAAAUGCAGUCCUUAUCAAAAUGUGAUCUAGUGUAAUGAAGUCAAAUGUGAUUGAGUGUAAUGAAAGACCUAGGAAAACCUGAAUGGGUGUGGGUGUAUAUAGUGUAAAUAUCCCCACUGUACUGUUAGAGGCCAACAGUUGCAAUAUGGCUUGUUGGCAAAGAGUGCUACACCGUUUCAAUGAAACAAUGUAUGUUUGUUUUAACUGAACUAAAAUAAAUACAUGCUUAAUCCUGA